ACUUUAACCAUUUAAUGUAUAGAGUUAGAAGUUCGAUAUUCUUAUUGUGUUUAUUUUAAAGCUUCACCCGAAAAAUGUUUGUAAACAAAUAUUUUGUAUUGAUAUUUAUAACUUUAUAUGAUUCGAUCAAAUCUUCAAAUGGAUUUGAUCCAAUAGAUAGAUGGCGAGUCCUUAAUGAAAACCAAAAAUUUGAUUUGCAACAUCCUUUUGGAAAUGAAACUAACUUUUUGAUAAAAGCAAGAUUGAAUUAUGAGACAAUCGAAGGAUCUUCAAAUGAUUUUCACAUAGAAGAGUCAAUAUAUAGUGAUGAAAGAAACAGAAUUGUAACUUUAAUCAAUCAUGAAGCAAAUCCAAUAGAAAUAUUCCGUGAAUUCGAAACUCAACGUAUUGAGUUGGUCUGUUUUCCAUUCAAACACUGUUAUCAUGAUGGAGAUUUGCGGAAUUACCAAUUCCACAGUGAACAUGAAAUGGUGACCCGAAUCGUGAAAAGCGCGCUAUUGAUGGGACCUUAUCGUAUAAUAUCAUAUUUUGCCAAUGAAACAAAUGACAAAAUUCAUCGAUGGGUUGAUACUGGUAAUGGAUCGACUCAAUAUAUGGAAAUGACUGCAGUAUUUUCAGGUCGGUCUAAUAAAGAAUUGACGGGCUUGAAAAAUGCUCUAAAAAUCACUAUUACUGCAGGACAAGAUCGAAAUGUGAUAUUAUAUAUAACACAGGUUGAGCCCUUUGAAAGGAUAACCAUUACAAAGAAAGAUGGAGGUUACAUUGACGGAUUGACUGAAGUCAUUGGUCCCAGAAAAAUUUUUUUUACCAUCACAUCAAUAGAUUCGGUUUCAUCAAUAAAGAUUAGUGAUGGAAAGUUGAAUGAACGUGAGUUGGUUUACGACUAUAAAUUUGGUAUGAAAUAUACUUUAUCUGGCUUAAAUGAAUGUGCAAUUGAAUUGGGCGAUGCUCCAGAUAAAUUAAUUUUGGUGAAUCCCGAUUAUUAUGGGAACGAAUCUUACUUUCCAAAGAACCCGGUCGCCUCAUACAGCAAUAAGUUCAUGGUGAAAGCUGAAUACAAUAAAGCGAUUGAUAAUGUCAAUUAUGACUUGGUUGUAACAACUUACUCAACUUCACCUAAUACCUCUUAUUUAGGCUCUUUAUUCUAUUACUCCGAUUGGUUUGAAGGUUUAUCUAUCGAACAAAAGCUCUAUUCAAAAUCUGCAACAAAUCAGGAAUCAUUUCAAUACGAUUAUAUUGAAUCAAGAGUGAUAUCUUUUUCUGAUGGUUGGCAUUUCAAUGACGAUUUUAAUGAAAUAGCGUAUUUGCAUGAUCGAUGUUUCAAAGAGAGGAAAGAAGGAAUUAUCCUCAAUUUAAAGAUUUCGUGUUUAGAUCAGUCGACUACGAAAAAACUUCAUAAUGCAAUUGGUGGCAUUUUUGCAAUUAAGAAGGAGUUACGAAGAUUACUCAUGGACAAACUGGGAAUAUCAUUUUUAAGAAUAAACUUGAUAAAAUUCAGCUAUUUUCAUUACAACAUUAUGGUGAAAGUUGAGAUUUCUGACUCAAUCGUUAUUGACUUUUUAAAAAAGAGAGGAGUUUCGCAUAAAUUCAAGAUCAAAUCAACUGAAUCUGGUCAAAUUUAUACAUCAACAAUUGAUGAAUGCUUACAUCUUAAAGCUGUUAAAGUCAAUUUAAGUGAUGUUAUAACUUGUAAAACUCGCGGAGAUUAUUUAUGCCUUGGAAUUGGUCAUGGAGACUCAUUACCAGAUGAAGAUCACAAUGGAUUGGAUUGCAUGGUGUUUAGCAAUUCAGAUCAGCGUUUAUCCAGACUAUCGGCAGAAGCUCCUUUGAAAGUAAUUGAAAAAUCUUAUCUCAAAUUGUAUGAAAGUCAAUUCAGUUCUUUGGGGGUUAAAUUUGCUGUAGUUGAUGUUACAAUCCAAGAUGCUCCAGAAAAGGCGAAAUCGAACUCAACUAGCGUAUUCUUCUUCAUAUACUCCAUAUUGAUCACUAUUGUGAUAUUUAUUAAGCUUGCAUUUGACUUCAGACUGAUUCAACGCCGAAAUUAUUCUCUUCAUGAAAGUUUCUCGCUCAAAUUAAUCAAAUCAAGCAUCUGAUUCCUAAAAAUAUUGCAAGAAUAGCAAAAUAAAAAAAGAAAUGUUUUC